AUGCACCCGCCGUUUCAGCUUUUCGUAAUUUUAAGUAUAUUUGGGGUGCUGUCGGAGUGCUGUAAACCAGAUGUAAAAUUUGAAAAAGAUCAUCAUAGAAGGAAAGAGCUUGAAGAGAAGUUUAUGAGCAAUUUGAUUGAUCUCAAAAAACAAGAAGAGCUUCUACUGAAAGCCGCGGAAGCAAUGAAACAAGAAAACACGAAGAAGCAGGAUGAGAAUGAAAUUGAUUACAAGUCUCGAAUAGCAGAUAUCGAAAAAGAGCUACUCGCGACGAAAAAGGACCACGAGAAGCUAUUGGAAAAACACGAAGCUUAUAUGAGAACAUUAGAUCGUCCUCGAACCUGGACUGAGACGUUCCAAAAGUACACCGGCGAUGCUUUUGGCCGAUUGAUCUACAAUGCAAUCUGCGGAGCCAUCGUUGUAUUGGUCCCAUUAUUGCUCCGUCCACUUCAGCGACGUUGGCUAUUACGAAAUCGCGACGAGACCCUUAGUAUAGAUGAGGUGCCCGUAGAUGACCCUUCGACUAGCGUAGUUGCAGAUAAGAAAAAUAAUUAG